AUGUCAUUUAUCGAUCGUUGGGUCUACAAGAACAAAGCAAGACAGCUUGGAGUGAACAAUACGGGCACUCAUUACAAUCCAACCACUGUUACCCCGCAAGAACAGUAUCAUAAUUAUCCUCGCAGAGCUUCGGACACUCAGCCAAAUCUCAGGAACAUUCCUUACAACUACUUCCAUGGCGAGGAAUCGAUAACUGUUCAGGGCGAUGAUGGUAAGAUGCACACCACAACUGUGACCACCGACGGGUUUAAAGAUGCUAACAAUCGCUCCCAAAUGGUGAGCAACAUUCAGCCGGCUUCCAUUCAGGACCGUAAGGCGUCCAUAGGAUCUAUCACUAGCGAGAGUAGCAACUGA